GGCGCGCACUCUUCGAGGUUGUCGCAAGGCUCGUUAGAGUUGACGUGUCAGCGUAUUUUUAGCAAAAAGAGUAAGAAACAGGCAAUUACUAUGCUUUUAACGGAUCGAAAUUUCAAUACUACAUUUUUUGAUCCUGCUGGUGGAGGAGAUCCUCUUUUAUAUCAGCACCUUUUUUUAAGUUUCAAUUUUCUACCUUUUAAAGCUCAAUGGUCCGUUGAGUUGGGCGGUGAGGCUCCCAACGACACUUUUUUAUCCUGGUUCAUAGGAUUUACUGAAGGUGACGGGUGCUUUAGCGUGAAUAAUCGUCGAGAACUGUCAUUCAUAUUAACACAAGGCUCGAAGAAUAUCGAGGUCUUGUAUUUUAUUCAAAGAACCUUGCAUAUGGGAAAUGUUUUAAAACAAGGUCAAAGAGUUUAUAGAUUCAUUGUACAUAAAAGAGAAGAUAUAGAAUUGUUAAUAUUACUUUUUAAUGGGAAUUUAAUCUUACCUUCGCGCAAAAUUCAAUUUUAUAAAUUUUUAAUUGCUUUUAAUGAAAAGAAGACAAAACGAAAUUGCGCGACACAAGCCCCACAAGGCUCCCAGAGGUGUACUGCGGUGGAUCAACUCCUGCGCACCAAUAUGCUGUGCACCACCGUCUUAUUAGAAGGUCCAAUCCAAUAUAAGCGGUCCAACAUCUUGCCUUCUUUGGAUAAUCAAUGGUUAUUAGGUUUCACAGAAGCAGAAGGUUGUUUCACUAUAAGCUUAUUAAGUAACUCUAAAGCUUUUAGAACAAGGUUUAUUUUAUCUCAAAAAGGAGAUGUUAAUUUACCUAUUCUAAGUCAUUUUACUCUUUUGUUUCAGGCUGGUAAAAUAGAAGGCCAUUCUACUAAAGAUAAUUACUCUUUUAUUGUAUCAGGACUGAAGUCUGUCCAACACCUAUGGCCUUAUUUUGAUAACAAUUUGUCCCAUUUUUUAACUAGUAAAAAAGAUAGUUAUUUAGCUUUUAAGGAAGUGAAUGGCAGUAUAGAACAAGGUUUGCAUUUAAACCCAGAAAGACGCAAAGAAUUGAUCACUAAGUGUCAACAUAUUAAUUCUAUAACUCGAAAGACCAAAUAAAAGGUAGCUAAUUGUAGGAAAAACAGGAGGGGUUAAGAAAGAUCCAUUGCAAACAUCUUUCUUUGGACUAAAUAAAGUAGGUGCAUAAACACGGCUACGACCACGGCCAUUCCUUUCUUUUGGAAGACAGAAUAUUACAAAUCAAAAACUUUAUUUAGAAAUCAAUACUUGUGCUAAUUCUUCGAGCCUGCUUGUGCAUGCAGAAGAAAAGAAGCUCAAUGAUACCAGUCUCCUAGUCCCAGGCUAUGCCUGCUAAUCCCGACGGGGAUAGGUUCCAGUGAAGCAAAACACUUCGUGUACGAAGUGGCGUGUUAGCGGACAAAGCGAAGCUUUCUUUUUCUUGCGAAGCACUUCAAAAAGCUUGCGCUGCCUUCGGCUUCCACGGAAGGGCGACAUUUCUGAAAACGGUCAACUCAUCUCCUUCUAGUGAUAGAAUUAGAGAAGACCGUCGGGCUUUCAUUUUCAUUAUGGAGUUCGCGACAGACUAGGUCAGAAAUGGGUGGCCGAAAAGGCUGCUUGAUGUUUAGUCGGUAACCUAGAACAUUUGGAACAAAAUACUUCUAUUCUUAUUUUUUCUCAGAAGGACGCUUGCAAAGUUCUGCUGCGGUUGGUUCAAGAAGAAGCGGCUUUCUUUUCGCUUUGGAAUAAAUACUUUUCGUCUCUCUUCGAGCCUCACGGGAGGACUCGCGCUCGAUAGAGGCUCGUUUUUCAUCGCAGAACCAGCCGAUGAGAGCCUCGCUUAACUAAAGUGAGUUAUCCAAAUGUUUCACAAUCCAAUAGAAUUAAUUCGAAGGGGGCUUAACACAAUCCAAUUCUAUUGGAAGGGGUCUUAAAUUGAGUACGUAAGAUUUUAGGUUAUGGGUUCUUUGGUCAAAUAUAUUAGAAUAUAUUCUAUUCUAAGGCCCUUCUUUGAUGUAAAUCAAAGUUUGGAGCGGGCUAUAAGCUGGAAACCGAAGCUUGACAAAAGUUCUACCUUUGCAAUACUAGUCUAUCUAGAACAAAAAGCCAGUAAAAGCAAAGCUUUUUGUUUAAUUUUAUAUCAUAGGCUCAGUGCUUGGUUAGCCAAACAUGGCUCGAAGAGGUAAAAAUGAACUUUUUAUUCGGCAAUCAGCAGGUAACAAACGCUCAUAGCAAGCUAGUAGGAACCUCAGAGGCCAUACGCCCGCUGACUUAUAAACUCAACUUGAAAUUAAAUUAUAUGACGCGCAGCACAAUUCAAAAUGAUGAAAAAAAAAUGGAAUGAAUGGUUAGCUGGACUUAUUGAUGGAGAUGGCUCUCUAUUCA